CCAUGGAUGUGUACCUAAUAAAGUGGACCCUGCCCAGUACUAGCUAUGUGUAGCUAAUUUAAGGGUCACUGACUCUAAGCUGCUGGCUAAGAUAACAAAUGCAGGAAAUCUUCAGACCACGUGUCAAGUCAUCCUGCUGAUCUUCCAUCCAGGUUGCUUUCAGGUGCAGAGAUGUCCGUACGUCACAAUCCAGUGUGAGGAGGGGAACAGAUGAAAAAAUGAUGAGCGGAUAUCCCCCCCCCCUGCCCCUCCCACCAUUUGUGCAUGUAACAAACACAGUCAUUGCCAAUGUGUAAAAGAAUCAUUUGCCCUCAUCUCUGGAUGUUAGAAAAGCAUCCUGACUGUGGAUAACCGGAGCGACAGGAAUCAUGUUCAGGAAAUUAAAAGGACCUGUUAUUUUCCUUCUGAUGUUUCUGGACGUACAGGUCAUAGUUGGCUCCACACCGAUCUGUGUCCAUGGACACACGGGGUGUCAGACACUCUCCUUGGCCGACUUGUUCGACAGGGUGAUCCAGCACUCCGCCCGGGUGCAUGGCCUCUCCAGCGACCUCCAUUCAGAGUAUGAACAAUACUUUCUUCCAAGCAAAAACAAAAUUAGCAAAAUCAAUCGGAACUGUCAUACUUCCUAUAUAUUAACACCUAAUGGCAAAGAAAAUGCACAGAGACUGGCAGGGGAAGACCUGACCGGCGUGAUCCUGAAGUUGCUGCUGGCCUGGAGGGAUCCGCUCUCCCAGUUCCACCGGAGCAUGGCGCAGCACGAGGACUUCACCAGCUUCAGCGGGAACAAGGCGCUGGAGAUGAGCGACAUGAUGCACCUCCUGGGCAUGAUCAGUAACUCGGUGCGUGGUCUGAUCUCCAACGAGGCCCUCGGCCCCCAGGCCUCGAGCAGCGAGGCACGCCCCAUGAACGACCAGCAGCUUCUGUACUGCUUCCGCAGGGACUCCAACAAGAUCCAGAUCUACCUGAAGAUCCUUAAGUGCAGGAUCGCCCCUGAGCAGGGAUGCUGAGCCCCGGAUGCAGCAGAGGACCCGGGAGACACAGGCGGUCAUGCGCCCAACACGGGAAAUAUAGCAACUCUUUCGGUUUGAUCACUCUGUGAUCAUGCUGUGGUGUUACACGGCAUAGCUAGUAUUUUUCAUGUGAAACAUAAUACAACGUCAAAACUGUAUUUUCAAAUAAACUCAGUUCCUCCAGCAGCUCCAUGUCUUAUGACUGUUUCUGUGACUAUGUUUGUUUUUUGUUCAACCCUAUUGUUUGAUAUAUCCAUCCAUCUGUCUUCCAUAACCGCCUAUUCAGCCCAGGAUUGUGGUGAACCUA